AUGGCAGACAAUGAAAAUCCUGAGCAAGACACACGGGCAUUGAGAGAUUUUGCUCUCCCACAGGUAACAGGAAUCUGUUAUGUUAUCAGGAAACCAAAGAUUGAGGCCAAUAAUUUUGAGAUCAAACCAGCAAUACUGCAGAUGAUUCAGACCUCAAUUCAGUUUUAUGGGUUGCCAAGUGAUGAUCCUAACGCCCAUAUUGCAAGUUUCUUGGAAAUUUGCGACACAUUUAAGCAUAAUGGAGUUACUGAUGAUGCCAUUCGUCUCAGACUGUUUCCAUUUUCUCUAUACAAGGAUUUGCUUAGGCGAUGCCCCCACCAUGGACUACCGAAGUGGAUGCAGGUGCAGAAUUUUUACAAUGGAUUGAAUGCCUCCACAAGAACACUAAUUGAUGCAGCUUCAGGAGGAGCUUUUAUGAGUAAGGCACAGGAUGAUGCUUACAACUUAUUGGAAGAAAUGGCUAUGAACAAUUACCAAUGGCCAAAUGAAAGAAGCAUACAGAAGAAGACUAUUGGGGUGCACGAAAUUGAUGCAAUCACGACAUUAACAGCUCAAGUCCAUUCACUAACUCAACAACUGAAAAUCACUCAACUGUCAGUAAAUGCCAUCCAUACAACGUGUGAUUUUUGCCAUGGAAAUCACAUAAGUGAAGAGUGUCAGGUUGGGAACCCAUUCUCUCAAGCAGAGCAUGCUCAUUUUGUGUCAAACUACAGCCGGCAGAACAACCCCUAUAGUGCAACAUAUAAUCCCGGUUGGAGAAAUCAACCUAAUUUCUCGUGGAACAAUCAAACUGUCAUGAAGAAUCCAACCAUGCCAUCUUCAAGUGAGCACAUGAAAGAGAAAUCAAAACUUGAAGAAGUUAUGACACAAUUAGCAAACAACACCAGCAGAUUCAUGACUGAAACAAAUACCAAUAUGCAGAACCAAGCAGCUUCAAUUCGAAAUUUGGAGGUUCAAGUUGGUCAGUUAGCCAACAUGCUCACGGGUAGACAACAAGGAAAUCUACCAAGCACAACUGAAAUUAAUCCUAAGGAGCAAUGCAAGGCCAUAACUUUAAGAAGUGGAAAAGAAGUGGAGCAGAUCGCUGGAAACAAGAGUGCAGGAAGAGAAGAGGAGGAGCAAGUGGCCAAACCACUUCAGAAUAUGAAAAAAUUUGAUCCUCUGCCAGAACCAAUGCAAGAAAUAAUGCAGAGAAUUCCAUUUCCACAACGUCUCAAGAAGAGUAAACUUGAUAAGCAAUUUUCUAAAUUUCUUGAUGUGUUUAAAAAAUUGCAGAUUAACAUUCCUUUUGCAGAUGCUCUUGAAUAA